UUUUUUUUUUUUUUUAAUUAUUUACCGUAGAAACUAUUAUAAAAAGAAGAGAAAAAAACAACUUGAAACUAUAUUAUUACCUUUUACAAAAUUGCUAUAUGUUACUUAGAAAGGCUUUCAAAAAUAACAUAUGUAUAUCUACAUAUUUGAAUCGUAAUAAAUUGCAAACUUUACAUAAGUAAAAGUUUCUGUAGACUUAAAAAUUGAUAUAUCAUUUGUUCAGUUGUUUGAAAUUUCAUCGUAACCGUAUUCAAAAGUAUCCAAACAUUAUGUAAAGAUAAUUAUUGAAAUAAAUAAAAAAAGAAAAAAAGAAAUAUUCCAAUUCUCAUGCGUUUAUUUCAAUUUUCUGUUUAAUGUUUUCAAAAAAUGAAGUAAAGAUUUUAAAAUAGAACUUGUAGUGUAAUAUGUAUUGAAAGUCUGAAAAUAAUUAUUAAGCAAGUUGCAAAACUAACAGUGAUUGUAACAAUAAUAAAUAACAUUACUUAAUAUCGAAUGUUGUUAAUGUACAAGAUUAUUGGUGUAUUAUUUAUAUAGUUUUGAAAGGAAUUUCAGGCUUUCCUAUAAUAUUCACUGUAUGUCAUGAAGGUUUCGAGGUUAGAAUGACAUCGACAAAUUUCAACAAGAAAGGAAUAUUAGUAUAAAUCUAUUUUUGUAUCAUGCUUGAUGUAUAAUAGAAGAAUUUAGAGAAUAAAUAUUUAACGAAAUGGAAGAUAUUAAACUAAAUGAGGAUUCAACGCAAAUAUCACAAUUAUUUUUAACGCGUGUUUAUUACGCUGCUAAAGAUGGUAUGGCUAUUAUCCUUUAUAAUCUCCUCAGUAGUAAAGAUCCUAAGCUGGUGAAUCUCGUCAUUAAUCAAAAAGUAUUGGAAGAAGAUGGCCAACAUUGUACACCAUUGAUAAUAGCUGCCAGAUAUGGCCGUGAUAAAGUAGUUAAAAUACUACUUGAUAAGUUUAAGCCUGAUUUGGAACAGGAAGGGACAGUUAAAUUUGAUGGAUACGUUAUUGAAAAAGCAACCGCUUUAUGGUGUGCUGCUGGUGCAGGACAUUUGACAGUUGUGAAGAUAUUAGUAAAAGCUGGUGCUAAUGUCAAUCAUCCUACUAAAAGUUUGUCUACCCCUUUGAGAGCAGCUUGUUUUGAUGGACGGUUAGAUAUAGUGAAAUAUUUAAUAGAACAUAAUGCAGACAUAAAUAUUUUAAAUCAGUUUAAUAAUACAUGCCUAAUGAUUGCUGCGUAUAAAGGUCAUUUAGAUAUAGUGACCUUUCUUUUACAAAAAGGUGCGAAUCCAAAUGAGAAAGCAAAUUGUGAUACAACUGCAUUACAUUUAGCAGCUGAACGCGGACAUACUAAUAUAGUAUCUGAGCUAUUGAAAUAUGGAACAAACAUGACAAAAAAUAUUAGUGGGAUGACACCAUUAAUAGCAGCAGCAGAGAGAACUAGGGCUGAAGUUGUAGAAUAUCUAAUAAAAUAUGUAGAAGUUAGUAGAGAAGAAGCAAUUGAAGCAUAUGAGCUUCUUGGGGCUUCUUACGCUAAUGAUGAACGCAAUUAUUGUUUAACCAAAGCUUAUAAAUAUUUAUGGAAAGCAAUGAAGCACAGAUUCAGAGAUUCAGAUAAUAUUAUUUAUAAAAAAUUAGGUAAAAGUAUAAAAGCAUAUGACAAUUGGGAAGAAUGUGAUAAUCCAGAAAAAUUGAAAAGUAUUAGAAAUGAUCAAAAUGCUAUUCAUAUGGAAUCAUUAGCUAUUCGGGAAAGGAUAUUAGGUCAACAUAAUCCAAAAGUGCCACACCAUAUUAUAUUCAGAGGAGCAGUUUUUGCAGAUAGUGCUAGAUUUGAUAGAUGUAUAGAUCUUUGGCUUCAUGCUUUAUAUUUGAAACAAUUAAACAAUAUAUCAGUUGUGAAAGAUCUUUUAAGGUUUGCACAGGUAUUUUCACAAAUGAUACAUGUAGGAGUAGAUCUUGAUUUCUCUCAAGUUUUAAGUAUACUAGAAGCUUGUGUAACAGAACUUAGUCGUAAUAAAUCUAAACUUAAUAAUCCUGAUUCUGAAGAAGAUAUCGAACAAUAUAUUGAGGAAAUAGAAUCAAAUAUUACAACUACAUUAUACAUAUUGACAAUUUUAACAAAACUUUUAACAUUGAAUGAAAGUAGAUAUGAAGAACAAGAUAAAAAUAAGGCAUAUCAAUUAGUUCAUAAACUAUGUGCUCUACAAUUACAUCUAAAAGAUGGUCAAACAUUACUGCAUCUUGCUGUAAAUGCUGCCACUCUAGUAGAUGAUUUCCAUACUAAUCAUGUUUGCAAAUUUCCUUGCGCUGCAACGGCUAAAUUACUUAUAUGUUGUGGUGCUGAUGUAAAUGCAAUGGACAAUGAAAGGAAUACACCAUUGCAUGUUAUUGUUAGCUAUAGGGAACCUAUUAGUGAUUUUAUGACUCUUCAUUCCAUUAUUAUGGAUCUUAUAGAAGCAGGAGCACAUAUGGAUACAGUUAAUAGUAAUGGGAAGACUCCGUACGAUGCGGUCACUACAGGUGUAGCAGAAAUAAUACUAAGGACUCAAACAAAAUUAUCAUUAAAAUGUAUGGCUGCAAAAGUCGUAAACGCUUACAAUUUAUCAUAUUGUGGAAAUGUACCACGUUCUUUGGAAAGUUUCAUUGAACUUCAUGGACCAGGUCUUCAUCAGAGUUAAAAAAAUCAUUAUUAAACGUCAUGUUGCAUAGAUAAUUGUAUUAAGUGUGUAAUCAAUUCAAAUUUAUUCUUCAUGCUGUGAACUUUUUGAGAGAGUGUACAAAAUAUUUAAGAUAUAACAAUGAGAUUUUUUAUGAAUAUAAUACAAAAAUAACUUUUGUAUUGUGUAGAUAACGAAUUUUUAUAAAAAAGCACAUAUAUUUUUAAUGGACAGAGUCAAUGUUAACUAACGAUUAAUUUAAUAACUUCUGAAUAAUAAUGUUACUUUUUGAUCAUUCGUAGUAAAUUUAACAGAAAAGUGAAAAAUAGUAAGAUCAUUUAUGACAAAUGAAAUUCUUCUAUAUUUUUUAGAUCAUCAUAUUAUUCGUAUAUUUUGACUAUGUUUGUCAACGAUCUUCUUCUAUGUAUAGUAUUAUUAAUUAGUAACUGAAAAAAAACAUUAAUGAAAUAGAAGUAAUACAAUUUAUCCAUACAAUAUAACUAACUGGCUACUAUAUUAAAAAUUGUAAUUAAAUGUAAUAACGAUAUGAAUAAAUAAUAUAAUAUUAAUAUAAUAAAGAUAUGAUAUUCAAAAAUGUUUUCUAAAAUAAUCAUUAAAUAAUAAUUAUAAUAGUAAUAAAACAGAAGAUUUUUUACAUAUAUAUAAAUAAUACAUGUAGAAUCUAAGAUUCAGAACUAAAAUUCGAUUGGGAUUGGAAUUUUACUGAAAAUUGGAAUUUUACUGAAAAUUUCGAGAUCGUCCAAUUUCAACUCAUUCUGAAGCUUGGAUUUCCAAAUGUCUCUCUAAACGUUUCUAUUUUUACAUUUAACAUUUUGAAAGAACAAAUUUCAAUUUAUUAAUUUUAUUUUCAAUCACAAGAUUAUUAUAUAGCUUAAAUAUUUAAAUACACAAAUCAUAUUCGUUUAAUGCACAUAUAAAUGUAGAACAUGUAAUAUUAUACAAAUUGUUUUAUAUAUAUAUAUAUUAAUAUAUAUAUAUUAAUAUAUAUAUAUAUAUAUUUUUUUUUUUUUAAAGUGUCAUUACUAUAUAAUCAUCCAAAUAAUUGUCAAGAUGUAAUCAAACUUUUAUGA